CUGCUAAUUUGAGGGCCUUCUGCGGAUAGUUUCGCGGUCGGCGCGUUUGGGAGCUAGCGUGCCUGGUGGAGAGCUCAUUGCUAUCGGAAUGGAUGGAGACAGCGGCUAUCGGACCUGGAGUGGCGGGCGGCCUUGCCACGUGCUGCUGGCCGCGGCGCAGCGCUGCUGCAGCGGCGGCGUGUGGGUGGGCACCGGCACGCCGAUGUACGACUGCUCGCAGCAGCAGGUGGCAUACCCGACCGGUGCGGCGGUGAUCAGCGGCGGCGCCAACCUUAAGGACACCAACAGCUCAAGCGGCGGCGGCGGGCUGGCGGGACCACCCAACUACAGUGCCGGGCUGCCCUGCGUCAGCGACGGCGGCAACGCAACAACAAAGGCGGUCACGCUCCACACCGUCAGCCAGGCGGCCACGGGCUCGGUGGGCGUCACCUUCUCGACCCCGCUGGCCGCCUCCCAUGUGUGCAUACUGGUCAUGACCUGCGCGCAAGGCACCAUCAGGGGUAACCUGACGCUGCGGCUGGCCAACGGCACCCGUGUGGGUAGUGGCUGCCCCGCGGACGCCUGCGGCAGCAGCGGCAGCGGCAGCUGCACCGGCGCCCACACCUACUGGUAUGAUUGCUGUGUGGUGGGCUCCGACGGCUCUCAGCCAGUGGUGGCGGGGCUCACCUUUGACAUCAUCAACCCGCCCGUGGGACCCAACGCCUACAAGGUAUAUGACUCGGUGCGCCUGCUGGGGUACCCACCUCUCUCACCCCUGCCGCCGGCGCCGCUUCCUCCCAGCCCUGUCCCACCCAGCCCGGCGCCUCCCAGCCCGGCCCCGCCGUCGCUACUGCCCUCGCCUGCACCGCCGAGCCCCAGGCCCCCCUCCCCGGCGCCGCCCUCGCUCGCGCCGCCUUCACCGGCGCCAUACAGCCCGGAAUUGCCUUCGCCAACCCCGCCAGCCCGGCCGCCACCGAGCCCUGAACCUCCCAGCGCGGUGUGUGGCGCAGCCGGUCUGCAGCCCACGACUGCUGCAAUCUUUGGCGGGGGCAGCAACAUUAACAGAGCCUGCAUCAGCACUGAAGUGAACGGCGGUGGAGCUGCCUCCAUGUCUGCAGCCACCGCCACGGCCUCUGACGCGACAUGCUGGAAGCAGACUGCAACACCCGUGGCGGCGGGCUCAAGCGGUGGGUGCUGGGGCACAGGCACCGCCGGUAGCGGCGCAGGCGCAACACGCAGCGCCCGGUUGCAAACGGCUCUGGCGGCCGCGGGCGGCGCCGCGGCUGCAGUGGCAGCCGCAACGACCGGGUGUGUGUUCUUAGUCACAGCAGGGGCUCAGCGGCGAAAGCGCAGGCGUGAAGAGGUAGAGCAGCAGCAGCAGCAGCAGCAGCAGCACAGGGAGCUGGAGGAUUCAGGCGUGGGUGCAGCGACGGACGCGGCUUCCACCCAGGAGGUGAGUGCCGAGGGUAGCGGGUGUGGCGGCAGCGACAGCGGACGCGCCCGCAACAGCCGUGCCUUGUGCACUGAGGCUGUGGUCAUGGACCGACCGCCCCCUGCUGCAGCCGCUGCGGCGGUGGCGGCGGAGACGGGGCCGCCUGGCGCGAUAGCAGGGUUAGCUCAGCAGCAGGAGCCUGGCGCCCUCAGCUCUGCUACCCACCACAGCUGCGGCGCGCGCAACAGCGGCAGUAGCAGCGACCGCAGCGGGCACGGCAGUAGCGGCCGUAGCAGGGACGCCAGCGGCCAGGUGAGGUGGCCAGCCGCCUCCAGUGUUCCGCUGGGCGGGUUGGCCGUCUGGCAGCAGCAGACGUCAGCGCCGGCAGUUGCUAGCGCUAGCACGGAUGGUGACGCGGCUGGCGAGGAACGCGGCGCCAGCAGGCAGGCAGUGGCAGCUGCUGCUGUUGCGACCGCUCCCGCCGGGGGCCAGCUUUGGGGCGGGGCGGGAAUGGUGCCAGGCGACCUGCUUACGGGCUUGGAUCACGUGGGGUUAAACAGCGGCGUCAAUGGUACAUCCAACAGCAGCGCUCGCUCAGCGCCGGCGCGUGGGAGAACCUCCGGCUGUAGCAGUGGGCCGGACGGCGGCGAUUUGAGACGGCGCGUGCGCGGAUUAACGUCUGAACCCGGAUCCGGGGAAGGCAGAAUAGCGUCAGCAGCCGUCGGCGAUGACAGCUGUAUGACUCAACGCACUGGUAGCGUGAGUGGCGGUAGCAGGAGCGGGAGCCGUGACCGCAGUAGCAAUGAGACGCUCUGGCCGCCUCUGGGCGCUACCGGCCAGCACCUGCAGCUACAGCCGCAGCAGGCAGCGCACGGGGGAAGCGGCAGCGACAGCUGCGGCGAUGCUGGCGCCGCCACUGGUGCAGGCGCCGAGCUCCCCGAUGCAGCGGGGUCCGCCGGGGCAGCGGGACGUGCACCCAGUGCGGCCCAGCAGGCCAUGAGACCCGAGGCCCGGCCCAGCAGUAGUGGUGGGCACGCGUCCGAGCAGCUGUCGAUGCUACUGCCGCCUCCUCCAGGCCUGCAGCAGCCUCAGCCUCAGGACCAGGAGCGGCCUGCACAGCUGCAACCACCGCAGCAGCCGGAGCUGGCCCACCUCACCCCGGCAAUAGGCCUGGGGAUGCGCUGGCGUGCGCGGGUCGCACGACAGGGGACCCGAGCGUCUGCCCUGGUUUCGGCCGGCGCCACCAUCGGCGCCAGUAGUGGCAGCGGCAGUAGCAGUGAAGGCAGUAGCCGGGAGGGCAGCCCUUCGGAACAGGAGCGGGAACGCCAGCAGCCACAGGGCUGGCGUCGGCCGGCCUCCAUGGACACUGGGGGCCCUCCCUCCGCCGCCUCAGCGCGCGCACUCCAGAGCGCCUGGCGGGCCGCACGCGACGCCUCUGCCGCCUUCUACUCCCGGCGAGGCAGCAGCGGCUGCAGCCCACUGCACUCUGGCGGCGUCGAGCCGCCAGCCGCCGCAGUGUCGUUCACCGUCCCUAGCUUUUUUUCCACCUCCGAAGGUGAAGAAGCCUUUCUCGUCUCACCACAUACGCCAGGCCGCCGCGGCCAGCCGCACCCGCGCUUCCAGCGGGCCUCCCUGGACUGGCCCCCCUCUGCUAUUCCAGCAUGCCGCGCAACCGCAGCGGGCGGCAGUAGCGCGAUGGUCCGGGGUUCGACGACAGGUAGCGGUGGCGCCGGCGCAGCUGCGCCCCACGCCCGGUGGUGGUCGUCUGCGCUGUACUCAAUUGGCGGCGAUGAGCAGCAGGGCGGCGCCGGCGGCGUAGCGGAGCCGGCGGCUGCGUGUGCGUGGAUGCCGCCGGCGACGGCGGCGGCAGCAGGGGCCAGCCCAGCUGCAGCCGAGCACCAGCGGCGCAUGAACAGCUUUGUUGCGGCUGGCGGCUGGGCCGGCCGCGGCAGCAGUGAUUUCAAAGAGGGCGUCGCGGGUGCGGAUGGUGGCAGUAGCAAUGACGGUGACAGCGACACGCCGGAUGCUACAGCCGCAUCCUGGGCUGCCUCAAGGGCGCGCGGCGCCGCAGCCGCAGCCGUGGCUGCAGCCGGCAGCGGUGGCGGCGGCCGGGUGUCUUUAUCCGUGCCCUCAUCUCCCAUGUGGUCACAGCGACCGCACCUGCGUGCCUAUGGUGGCAGUAGCAGCAACGCCCUGGAUGCUGUGGGGGUGGCAGCGGCGGCGCCGGCACCGGCGCCGGCGGCGGGGGACGGUUCGCUAGCUCCCGUCGUGCCUGCCUCGCCGCGGCCGCUGCUGCUGCGGCCCUCCGCCACCAUCGCCACGGUGCGCAGCAGCGGCCAGCUCGCCGACCGCCUGCGCGCCGGCAGCAGCAGCACAGGCGCGGCCUCGCCGCCAGCAAUGGCCCAAGCCAUGGGUGGCGCAGGAUCCCUUGGCAGCGGCGGCAGCCGCGGUGGUAGUGGUGGCCGCAGCAGCGCUGCGCCGGCUGUAGCAGCAGGACAUGGACCUGGAGAGGCAGGCGGCCGAAUGCUGGGACGCAGCGUGACGAGGGCGGGUGCAGCGGCGGCGCGCCGGCACAGCACGUCCGCGGUCGCGCCGCUGGGGCCUGGUGCUGAGGCCGGUAGUGAGAGGUGGGGCCCAGCGGACGGAGUGUUACGUAGCCUGUUCUUGAGGCCAGGGGAGGUGUGGGCAGAGGAGGUGCCUUUAUUCGUGGUUCAUUCGCCGGUCGUGCAGCCGCAGCAGCCACAGCAGCGGCCACAGCAGGAGUAGGUGCCACAGGCUCACAGCCACUGCCGCAGCUGCCGCCUCAGCUGUCGUCGCCGCAGCUGAUGCAGCUGCGGGAGUCGGCGCGGACGGCGGGAGCAGGCGCGCAACAGGCGGCGGCAACACUGGGAGCAGCGUGCGGCGUGCGGCGGUUGCGUUCUCGGAUGCUUGGCGGCAGCUGGGAGCAGCUGCUGUAGCGGAGCGGCCUGGCCUGGGACUGGCAGCGGCGCGCGACCAGCACCGCCGAUAGCCACGCGAGGACAGUGAUGAGGAGGCGCCGCUGUGUCUGGAGGUGGAGGUGGCGCUGCCCGGCGGCAGCUUCAGCUACCCGGCACAGCAGCAGCAGCAGCAGUUGCGCCUCGGGGCUGCACGGAACGGCCGCGUGGGUAGCCGGAGCCUGCACGCGGGCGGCGGUCCUGACGGCCUUCGGAGGGGCGGUGGCGGCGCCGGCGGCGACGCGUAGGCCGCAGCAGGCCUGAUUGGCUCGCAGCAGGAGGUGUUGGCGGCGCUGGCGGCAGGCGGCGCAGAGCGUCAGGAACAUGCAGCGGAAGGAGCAGGAUGGGCCGGUGCGUUUAGUACCGCAUUGACGCGGCAGGGCUUGCUGUGGUGGCGGGGGGUGGCGCGGCUCCGCCGCCGGCUGGACCUGGUGCCACGGCUGACAGCGCUGGGGGAGGCGCGCGUGGGGUGGCGGCGCGGGCUGCGGCGGUGCUGAGUAGUCGGCUGCGGCGCCGGUCGACUGGGCCGCAGCAGAUGCCGACUGCUGUGGCGGCCGCGCUACAGGAGGACUAGGAGGAGGAUUGAUCGAUGACGGCUGUGCGGAGAACUAGGGGAACGCAACGCGGCGUGAUGAUCACGCGUUGAUGCAUGCUGCUACUGCGACCGUGCUAUGGCGUAGCCAUGUGUGUGCUGAUCAAUUGACGAGUUGUCCACCGUUGUGGCAAAAUGCGGCGCAUGUAUUGGAAACUGAAUGCUGGUGCGGAGGGGUAUGACUCAGACCACGGUUGACUGCGACGUUGGCUUCCCCGCCAGUCGACUUCGGCCCCUUGUGACGAUACAAUACAAGCAAAACGGCAUGUUGUAACGUUUUGAAUUG